GGCCCUUGCAAAGGAAACAAGAAAGAGGAAACAGAAAACACCUGGCUGGAAGUUCUUUCUUACUGCCAAUAUGCAUCUUUAACAGUGCACAGAGAGGUCAGAAAAGCCCCCUUCCCCUCCCCCACUUGGAAAAGAAGAAGCCACAGCUCCAGUGAAAGACAGAAGAGAAGGGACUUGUUAUUUGGUUAUGAAGCCACUAGGGAUAUCAUCACUCAGCUGGAUGUUAAAAUCAUGAUCACUCAAAUCCUGCUGGCUAUUUGAUAUUAACAAAGAGUAAUCCAGAUGGGGUGCAGGUGCUGUAAAAUGAUCAAAAGCUACAUUUUUGAUCCAGAAGAAGCACAGUCAUCUGGAUAUAUCAAUGAAAUAAACAGAUACAAACAAGAUGAGCAAAAUAGCAAUAAAUUCAUAUGCAAACAAAAUAGUGAAAUUCAAGUGCCGAAAACUAAACUGCAAAAUGAUGAUAUUAAGACAAUAGAAAAUAAAAACAAGUUAAAUAGCACAAAAGAUGCCCUCUGGAACCCUGGAGGACCUGCUCUUCAAGAGGAUGGGCUAGGGAACUAUGUUGCAAAUUCUGGUGUUGCUGUCAAUGGUGUCAGUUCCUGUACUGGGGGGGUGCAUCGCAUUCCCAAUUUCAGUACAAACCAAAUGAAAGAAACAAGCACACAUGGAAAUUCCAGCCAGCAAGAAGAGUUGUCUUCAGCCAAUACUACAAGAGACUUCUACACCAAAGGGCUAUCUCAACCAAAUAAGCCUGGCAAAGAACGUAAUCUGGAAACAGGCCAUCAUGGGAAGCCAGCCUGUGUAAAGCCAGACAGUAUUCAAGAUAAGAACUCACAGUCCACAGUAGAAAACAUCUUUCUCACUGAAAGUGCAAUACUGGAGACACAAAAUGAUGCCAUACAAUUAGCAGACAUUGAUUAUGCUCAAAAUAGCAGCCAAACAAGUCAUUAUUAUGAUGUUAAAAAUGGUAUUUUUUUGGACAAAUGUACACAUUCUGAUGAAAGAGCAGAUUCUGUAGGGAUAAAUAAGGAAAAGGACUUAUCUUUGUCUGGACAUGUGAAAGACAGCUCUGCUUCAUUAGACAAAGCUAUGAAAACUGAGUCUGUAAAUGUAUAUUUCCCGGAGGACAUGCCUGAUGGGAUCAUAUCUGUGAGCUUCAUGAGAGCAGGAAGGGAGGCAAAGAACAUUAACUGUGAAGAAGUAAAUGGGGAAAUCGAGGAGGAAGAUGCAGAAGUAGCAGAAGCUCUUGCAGCACUGGAAGCUGCUACUGCAGGGGAAGAUUUUGAAGAAGAUGAUGAGUAUUAAAUGGAGUUUUCUUUUUAACUCACCAAUUUCUUUGUGGAGCUGACUGAAACUGAUGACGUAUUGUAUAAAACAGGGGUUCCCAAACUUUUUGGACCAAUAUACCCACGUCAGCCAUCAGAAUUUUUUUGUGGUCCAUCAUCCACUCUCACCAUGAAACUUCUCAUUGAACCUUCUAAAGGCAGGCAGGGACUGGUGCAAUCUAUGGACUGCUUAUCCUGGGCUCCUGGUUGACCAGGCAUCUGCAGACCACAAUUUGUGAACCACUGAUACAAUGCACAAAUACAGAAGGACCUAGUACUAAAACCCCUAGUCCUUCAACUGUUAAAAUGUGAUCCUUUACCAUCUGACUUAAAACUGACUUUCCUUGACUUCCUGUACCAUUAUGACCCAUAUCCUUCUCUCUGGGCCAGCAACUGAAGUAUAGCUCCACUCAUAUCCACAAAGCCAGCCAGCAUGUUACAUUUCCACCUCACUUUUUUUUUUUGUUUUGGAAAAGGGAGGCAAGUAAUUUUCUUCAGUUUCAACCUUCACAAAACUAUGAAUACCUUAGUUUUCAGGAUCAAAGAAUCCUAUAUCUCAAAGCAAAACUGUAUAAAUAAUGGAAUAUACUCUGUGUCUUGUUUAAAUCACACCAGACUAUAGAGCUGUAUGAUUUUAAUUCAAAUAUAUUUAACUGACCUAGACACACAAUUUUUUCAGAAGGCAUGACCUAUAUUUGCAGGUAUCUAACCCAGCUUGAGACCAUACAAGUUUUACAUGGUUUGGGUUUCGCUGUGAAUCCAUCUAACAGUGAAAUGAAGCAAAGUGAGCUCUAACUCACAAAAGCAUAUGCAUCUCUGAUUUAGUUAGUCUGUCAAGUGCAUUUCUACCCUACCUGCCAUCUCACAGGUUUGCUUACAUUCUAGUCUUACACAUUUUGACUCACCAAGCUUUUGCAAAUGGAUUUUACCUAGUAACCUUGCAAGGGAGGCAAAUCGCAUUUGUAAACAGUGAGGGUCAAAUCUAUCCCUUCUCUAACUCCACUGUACCACUAGACUAGCAUUUCCCAAGUUUUUGAUAUCUGAGGCAUACUUUUUUUCCUGGGUUAAAACUGAUGGCACACUUCAUGCAUACGUCUGCAUACAGGGCUGACGGGCCUGAGGCCCAACCCAGCCACGUGGUGCCAAUGUGGGCAGAGCCCCAUCCAGCCCUGCAAAGCCAGUCCAGUCAGGCCAUUUGUUUGCAGUACACUUCCACCGUUCUCGCAACACACUAGGGUGCCUCAGGGUUCUCCCUUUGAGAAUCACUGCGCUAGACAAAACAGAAAAGGAUCUGACCCUAAGUCAAGUAAACACAACAUCGGAAGAAAACUGUAUGUGUACUUUCCGAUAUGUUUACCCUUCACCUUCCCAACAGCGUGUAAACUUUUGUUAGAUUUCUGGUUGGAAGUCCAGAACAGUGGUUUUCAAUCCUUUUUCAUUUGCAAACCUCUUCAGAAAUUUUGAAUGGAGGUGCAGGCCCUUUUGAAUUCUAAGUGUGGGUAUUCACAUACUUUUGGUUGAUCAUAGUAGUCUUUUGCAAGCCCCUUAGACAUAGUCUGCGGACCCCCAGGGGUCCACAGACCACAGGUUGAAAACUAGUAGCGUAGGAAAUGCAGAAAAUAAGUUUUCCCAUGGCCAAAUGCUAGACUCUGUCAAAUAGUUAAAAUAUAACAUGCUUGAAAUUUUCUACUGAAAAUUUGUGGUUCCUGAAUCAAUUAUAAAGUCCUAAUAAAAUAACUGCUUUCAGCAUACAGAAAAUUUAACUGUUGACUUAUGAACUUCAUUAGUAGUGUGUGAAAGUUACCAACUACUAUAUAUCACCUUCUCCUGUGCAACACACACUAUUUGCCAGCAUUUGGUUGUGUGUCCUUUCCUAGUCAAGUGAGGAACUGAUCCCAGUUCUGUUCCAUCGUAAGUGUGCUGGCUUUAUUCUAAGAAUCACAGUUCUAAACAAGAGAGUUUGUAUUUGACCUAUACUUAGCUCUGUAACCCAGAACUGUCCCACUUCUAACUGACCAGGGGCUACAAGUGCCUUGGCCACAGCUGUGCAGGCUGCAUGCUGUGCCAUAACCCCCACCCCCUAUGGGUGCCCCCCAACUGCACUGCCCCAGUACCCUUGCACCAUGCUGUGCCACAGGGGGCCUUAUCUCCCCAGCAAGUGACCUUCAUGGGCCACACCAACAUCCCCAUGCUGCACAGGGUCCAUGGGUGUCCCAAGUUCCCCUAGCUGUGAGCUCCCUCAGUCCUACAGGCCAUGCCACACCAACCAGGGGCAUGGACAGGCAGUAGGAGCUGGAGCUUGGAGGGGAAGCCCAGAGACUCUGCCCUGGCAACAGGAGAGCAACAAGGGGAAGAGGGAAGAGAGCGGCACCUGGACCUGGGAUACCCAGGGCUGCAGGUUAGCUCCUUAGGGGCUGCAUGUGGCCCACAAGCCACCAGUUAGACAGCCCAGUUUGAACCCAUAAUGAUUGUUUAGUUCCCCCCAAAUACUGGGAAAAAAUAUUUCUGCUUCUUAAAACAUAGGAGAUAUUCUUAAUAAGAGUGAUGUUAAAAGUUUCUAUUUAUAUAAACAUGUAUUUUAAGAAAGCUAAAUGUGACUCAAAUGAAACUGUUAGCUUACGGUAUUUUUAUUUGAAAAUAAAAAAGCUCCUUCUGCUCUAAGAACACAAGUAUCAUAAAGUAUCCAUUCUCUUGGACUCCCCAGUGGUAGCUGUAUUUCACUGAGAUGUGGUUUUUGUACAUAUGCAGUUUAUAAAGUGAAUAUAAAAGCAUCAUGUGAAUAUGAGAUGUUGUGAAAUUAAAAAGUAGCAAUAAAUGACGAUAUUUACUAAAGAAAUGUUAUAUUUACUAAUUGUUUUCAUAUGUAAUGCUAUUGCUAAAAUACUGAAUUUCAGGGAUAAAUUAUUUUUAUAUUACAUACAAACCAGUUACAGUAGAAAAUUGCAUGUAUCUAUCUUUAAAUUGUACAACUAAAUAUCAUUAUGUAAAUAUAAAAUUUGAAUAUU